AGAAACAGUAUAUAUACAUAACUUUGAUAAUUAAAAAGAUAAUAUCCUGAGCUGCUUUGCAUUAGAGUAAAACAAUAAAAAGUAUAAAGCUAGGCCUAUCCACUGUAGCUAAAAAAACUUGCCCUGUAUACCAACACUGUAUUUCGCUACUUUUUGGAACCGUACUUAAAAAAGUGCAUAGCAUUAGAACCAUUAUGACGAAACCCGUCCACGAGAAAGUUCUAAAUAAUUCAUCAGCCGAUAUUUGUGAGUGAGCGUUCAGGACUCGGGAAAAAAAAAAAAAAAAAAAAAAGGAAAACGUCCACCAUGCAUCAUGACAACGUGUGUUCGGACACAUGAGUGAAUCGGAUACAGGUGGCGUUAGAUCUGUAACUCCUUCACCAUGAUGAACAAUGCCAGGGUAUUCAAGAAGACGGCACCCAACGGGAAGAUCACCGUCUACGUGGAGAGGCGAGAGUUGUGCAUGAAGGAGGACGGCAUCCAGCCGCUCCGAGGAGUCCUCUACGUGGACGCCGAUUACGUCAAGGACCGGAAAGUCUUCGGACAGUUCGUCCUCACCUUCCGGUACGGCAGGGAAGAUGAAGAGGAGGUCAUGGGACUGAGAUUCUGCAAUGAAGCCUGCCUUCAGGCCAACCAGCUCUGGCCUCUACAGGAUGCUGACAAGGAGGAGGCCUUCAAGAACAUCAGCCCCCUGCAGGAUACUCUGGUGAAGCGCCUGGGGAACGGUGCCGUUCCCUUCACCUUCAACGUGUCCAGCCUAGCACCUCCCUCCGUCACUCUCCUGCCCGCCAGGACCUACGUCGGAGCUCCCAUCGGCACCAACUACGACCUUCGCGUCUUUGUUGGGGAGAACCCCGACGACAAGCCCCACAAGAGGUCUUCCAUUAGGAUGGGGAUGAAGCUGUACCAGAUGGCGCCCAGCGCCGACCGCCCCCAGCCCUACGCCUCCUUCUCGAAGCAGCUCCUCCUCGCCGACGGCCAAGUGGAGGUCGAGGCCACUCUGGACAAGGAGGUCUACGAGCGCGGGGAGCCUGUCGUCGUCAACGUGUCGGUGACGAACCACUCCUCCAGGAACGUCAGGAAAAUCAAGGUGUUCGUGGUGCAAUACGUGGACGUGGCCAUGUUCAGCAACGGCAAGUUCAAGAACAUCGUGGCCACAAUGGACACCACGGACGGAUGCCCCGUGACCUCGGGAGCCUCCCUGAGUCGCCAGUUCAAGCUGAGCCCAGCCAGGGGCACCAUCAAGAACUGGAUCGCCCUCGAGGAGUUCUACGACAGGGACAGCGCCUUGGCCUCGUCCGUCGUCAAGCCCGACACCCAGGAAAAGAAUGUCUUCGCCAUCUACGUCAGCUACUACGUGAAGGUGAAGCUGUGCACCACCACGAGCAGCCAAAAAGUAAAGCUCUUCACCAGUGCCAUCGGAGGAGAAGUGAGCGUCAAGGUCCCCUUCAAGAUCAUGCACCGAAAGGCGCUGGGCGAGACUGAAACCCCUGCCACCACACUGUUGCCUGAGGCUCCAACCAAUGGGGCACCGAUCACUACCUCCCAGUCCAUGUUUGACCUGACCUCGACUGACACUCGCCGCGGCAGCGCCAAGACUCGGCGCUCACCUCCCUCGCGAUCCACCAGCGAGGACUCGGGAAGGUGCUCCGAGAUGGGCCAGUCUCACGUCGACCCGGACAGGUUCCGGACGAGCCUGCAGAUUCAAGCGAGGAAUCGUAACAGGCUCGUGGACUCCGCCUGCUGAGUCGGCCUGGACUCAGCCGCCGAGUCAGUCGAGUCUUGGUUGGAUCCAUUUACUCCUUUCCUGAGAACCUGGCCAGCUUAGCUACGUCAAAUCACCUCGUCUGCCCCCCCGCCCUCCCCCUCCCUCCCCCAACUCAAAUCGAGCUUGGCUAAUCUGCUGAGCUUGCUGGAUUCCUCAGCGAGCUGAGUUUAGCCUUGAAGCUGCAAACGGUCUGGUCAAGCCUCCCGAUGUACCACUUUGAUUCACUUCAGUCAAUCUGCUACAUCGCUUGUACUCAUCAUUGAGUCCAGUUUGUCUGAACCGUUUUGCUUACCGAGUCUGCCUUACUCAUCAGCCUACUUUACCUUGGAUGGGCCUAACUAAUGAUCAUCACCUAAAGAAUUAUUGCACAGUCAAUGCAGUCAGGUUGUGUGAUGUAGCAAAGACACAAAUCUUGGUUUUAAAGAUGAAUGUAAACUUUGUAUCAGUUAAGGAAAUCGCAGCCAUUCUGAUCUGAACCUCCACGAAGUCGUGACCAAAAAGGACAAUCAUCACCAAAAAAGGGGUCGAUAUUUAUGUUCGUCGUUUUAAAAACUGUGGUUUCAUUGGUGUUUUGAUGUGAAGCUUUGAAGAAAGAAUUCUGUUUUUGCUGCACGGUAGAAACAAGGAUACACUGGGAGGUGGUUUAGUUUCCUACUGUGACUAUUUAGUAUUAAGAAGCAAGUGGUCAGCUGAUGUCUGAUGGAUACAGCAAGCUACAGGAGCUGCAGAUAUUUGCUGAAGAACGUACAGUACUGUAUAUAUAUUGUAUACUCCUAAUAGGUACUGCGGGAGAGGAAUCAUACAUAUCAUUUAUUUUUUCACGUGGACAUCAGCUGACACUUUUCAUAUGUAAUCUAUGAAAUGUGAAAAAUUAACUAAGAAAGACAGAUCAUACGCUUUGUAGGUUUGAAUAAUUAUACAACUUGGGUGCAACAGUCGUGACGAAAGUAUUAAAAAACAAAAAAAAACAAAAAAAAAACUAAAAUAAAUUAACAGGUAGUAUAUUCUUCUAAAGACAAUGUGCUAGAGGUAGACAAUGGGCAAUCUUUUUUUUUUUUGUGAAAAUAAAAAUUCAGGAUUAAGCUAUUAAGAUCAUUUCUCAUAAAAAAAGUGCGAAUGCAAAGGUGUGGAUUAAGGUGUAGAAAAUAUAAUUGCAUUGUAAUUCAUUUGAAAUAUUAUCGCCUUUUCUUUCGCUCGUAACUCCCAGGUCAUAAGGGCAUACGUUUCAGACUCAACACUGCAUCUGUGAAUGAACCUUCUUGCUGUCUAGAGACAAUUGCUCAAUUAUUGCUUACUUCAACUUUAGCUUCACAGCUAUAUUCUAGCUUCAUCUGUUCGAAGUGUCAUGGUAAAAAAUCUCAAUUGAAGUUGACGAACAAGUAAUUGGUACAUUUCUAACGCUUCAAAAACGUCCACUGCUUCAUAGACAUCUGAAUUAACACGAACUGAAUUUCUUUAUUUUAGAUUUACACGUCAGUUUUUCAUAGACGUCAGGGUUCUCAGCAAGACAUCAGAAAUUAACAUUCCAUAGUUUUAUUAAGAGAAAGAAGUGCGCCAUGUCCCGCGUCUCCACAGAUGACGCAAGAAACCCCCAGUUGCAAAAAUUUGCUUGCACGUUUGAGCCAGGCAACAGGACGCCCCAAGAGACUGAAACUCAUCUAUGGACGGCGAGAGAGAAAGAGAAAGAACGCAGCUGUGAUCAAUGCUAAAGAUGGCGCCGAGUUUUUUUGAUUGAAAACCACAGUACAUUUCAGCCGACUCGAAAUUCCACGGAAUCUCUAUGAUGACGAAUCAUUCUCUCGGAUGCUGGUGGGAUCUGCUUCUUCGUGCGCGGUCGAGGCCUUAUAUAUUUAAUAUCCAUAUAUGUAUGUGUGUGUGUACCAUUUAACUAUCAUGUACUUAUUAUCACGUAAUUACCGAAUGCCGCUAGAAUCAAUAACUCGCUAUUUCCCAGCCGUAUUCCGCCGAUAUAUUACUACUGACGAACCAAUAUAAUUUAGUUGACGUGUGAGCAUCAUCAACAGUGCUGUUUUGGCCUUUCUGUGAAGACAUUCCGGCAGAAUGUCGACGCGGCAGAGAGCGACAGCGGCAGAAUGAUCGAACUACAACGUCACAGCAACUACAGCUUACUUAAGUAAAACAGCUUGUAUAAAAAAACUAAAACUAAAAAGCAGCUUCGAUGACUCGUAGAGACCCAACCCAGUACGUUCUCCAAUUCCCGUUAGGAAGGAAAAAUCAUGAUAUACAUCGUUUAAUGAUAGAUCAUAACACAUGCUUCUUCGUAUUUGGGGCUGUUCGGUGUUGCUGGCUACUCCAUUCUACUUGACUACUAUUUAUUUGUUCUAUAUCUCUCUCUUUUUUUUUUUUUUUUUUUUGUGGUAAGCGUUAACGAACCCUCACUAAUACACAUAAAUAUAUAUAUUCUGAUACUGCGAAGAAAGUGAGCGUUCAGAUGUCAUAAUACUGAUAAUGUUUCGUACACCAAAGAUUGCUACUAGUCAGCCAAAGAACUUCAAAUGAAAUGUAUAAUAGAGUAUAUAUAAAUACAGUUAUCAAUAUUGUCUUUGUACAGCACAGCAAUAUCAAAACAGAAUUCCUUAGUCUAAGUGUGUUAAUAUAAAAAGAAAUACAUAAAUAUAUAUAAAUAUAUAUUUUGAAAUUUAUCUAUCAAGACAUUUCAGUUUGGUUCUAAUGUAGUGAUUAGAUUCUCGUCAGCUUAAAAUCACAGUGAAAUUUAUUCCGCCAUUUUAACUGCAAAUAUGAUAGUGAUUGCAGAAACCCUGGAUUAGGAACAAAAUUAUGAUUACCUUCCAUCGUAAUCAUUCUGUCACCUUCAUCAUCCAACUGGAUUGAUUUAUGGGGCGAUUAAUGAUAAAACUACCGAAAUUGCGUUAUACACCUAUAUUCAAAUAAAAGUACGGAUUGGCCAGCGAUAUUGUUAAAUAUAUAUUGUAAACUGAUUCAAAUAAUAGGAACUUGAAUGGCCGAGACAUUCUCCAUCUGACUGAAAACUUGAAGGAAAAUUUAGAAUUUAGAAGGAAGCAAACUGUCAAUUUCAGUUAUAUAAGAAAAAAAUAUAGACUGAAUCGUAUACACUUCGGACCACGCACCUCAAAAAGUAUCCACGCAUUUCGGGAACUGUCAGUAUUAAAUAAAAAAAAAAAAAACACAGUUACACUACCCGACGCAGGAACAGACACCAAAGACAAAUCAUUCUCAAAACGAAAUGACGAGCGUCUAACAUUAGAUUUUAAAUUGACGUUUAAGGAAAAAAAAAUAUAAAUAAAAAGAUGCUAUCUUCCUAUGUGUCAUUUUGUUUUUCCAUCUCUCGAUUUUAGAGACAAAUAAAUCUCCAACAGUUUAA